AUGCAGUUCUUCACCAUUCCCGUCAUCGCCAUCCUCGCCACUGGCUCUCUCGCCAUGCCCAACAAGCUUGAGGCCCGUAACUCGGAGCCCCACUCUCUCGAGGCCCGUGUCGACUGCGGACAGAUUCUCCCUGCCUGCAACGGCGGAAGCAUCUCGGGCCAGACUAACUGCCGCUGCGACGGUCAGAUCGCGUCCUGCGAUGUCUGGAACUGCCCCGGCAAUAUGGUCGCAGCAGCCACAGCCAUCAUCUCGAAGUUCGAUGCUUUCAUCAUCGUGGCGACCAGAAACGGAAACACCAAUAUGCACACAGCCACCACGACCAGCUGCACAGUGGAAGUCGACGGGGGACGUAGUACUACCAAUGGAAGAACGAGGAAGAGACCCGUCAUGAGCGUGGUGAACAGGCGCCCAAGCAAGUUGGCAAUGGUGGCUGGAUUCUGGUGCGAGGAUCUGUCUGCCAUGCCAAGGGCGCUCUGCGCCUCGACACCACUCGCCCCGCACCGCCUGGACAGCUUCCAAUGUCGGAAGUCACGCAACAGCCUGUGUAUCCAGUGCGACACAGGGUCGGCGCGGGAUCGGGGUGGAAGGUCGAGCCUCAAGAGACUCGUCUCGUACAUCUCGGGCAACGUGAGAUCUGUGCGUGCGCUGGCUGCUUUCUCGUCAUCUAACAGGGAGCACCUUUCCAUGGCCAUGAUAUUGUGGAAAGCGGAUAGGGCUUCGUCUGAGUAUUCGGGCAAAGAAUUUUGA